CCUCUUAUAGGCAAAGGUGGUGGUGGCGGCUCGAGAUGAGUGGUUUGUAGGAGACCAGGAAUGGGGACAUCUGAAAUGUAAAUAUAUAAAAUAAUUAAUAAUAUAAAAAAGAAAUUGUUGACAGUGGUAAAGUUUUGGUGAGGCAAAAAGUAAGGAGAUAUGCAUAGUAGAAAAAGGUUGAGUGAUUUUCUGAAGUGAAUAGUUAUUUUUGACUGGUGUGCAAUGUCACAGCUGAGUGGUCGACUUGCCAGUUCUCAUGUACAAGGCUCUGAGUAUGAUCCCUGGCAACACACACAAUAAAAAUGCCUUUGGACCGUCGAAACCGGAAACAUUUCUCAGUACUAUUUAUUUCCUUUACAGGAUAGCAUGCUUUUCCGUCAUUGAUCCCGCCCCCUAUUUUCAUUUAUGGAGCCCGUGGUCAGAUCUAGGUAGGAGCCCAAUCACAGGUCAGCUGGUUUAAAACUCCACCCACAGGAUCUCAGGCUGUUCCGGUGUUUUCAUUCAUCAGAGGCUCAUUGCUUCAGCAAGAAGAAGGUGCAGAUCCUCCCUCCCCAGAUUGCUUGGAAACAGGAGAAAACCGGCCCUACUAAAUGCCAUCCAGUGCACACCUACAGGAUCCUCCCCCACUCCUCUCCAGGACCCUUACACAGAAUGAAGGACAGACCUCCUUGAGGCAGAGUAGCAGCUGUGGUCUGUCUGCUGCCUCUGCCUCUGAGUCAUUGUCAGGUUCCACAGAGUCAAGAAUUCCUCACAGUAAAAUGCUCCAAGGAAAGCUUCCCAGAAACAUCCCCCUGGAGUAUCCUGCUGGGCUUUACUGCUGCUACGUAGUGAUCAUUGUCCUCAGUGUAGCUGUAGUUGCUCUUUCUGUUGCUUUGUCAGUAAAAAAGACAGCACAGAUCUCAACCAUAAAUACUUAUGCUGCUUGCCCGAGAAACUGGAUUGGAGUUGGAAAUAAAUGUUUUUAUUUUAAUGAAAUACCAAGUAACUGGACAUUGAGCCAGACCCUCUGUAAGGAACAAGGGGCCGAGCUAGCACGAUUUGACACCGAGGAGGAGCUGAAUUUCCUAAGGAGAUACAAAGGGAGUUCAGGUUACUGGUUCGGUCUGCACAGAGAGUCAUCAGCGCACCCUUGGAAGUGGACAGACAACACUGAGUAUAACAACUCGGUUUCCAUCGGAGGAGAUGAAAAACAUGGUUUCCUGAGUGACAAUGGGUUCAGCAGUGGCAGGGGUUAUAUAGUGAGGAAGUCGAUUUGUAGGAAGCCCAACAGCUACACCUCACAGUGCCUGUAGUUUUGUGUCCUUGGUUGAGAGUUUGUCCUAGCAGUCAUGAGGAACACAGAACAUGGUAUCUACAGUGCCUGAAUCAUGAACAAUCUGCUAAAAUCAUCUUCAAUUCAUAAUGUGUGGUGACAUCUAAGAUAACAACUGAGGCAUAUUUUGCUUGGGAGAUCAUGAAUUGUUCUAUAUUAAAUAGGUAUUCAGGUAUGAGCUGGUUCUCACAUCUUAAACAUAAACUGAAUCAUGUCAGUAUUAGUUAUCUCUACUUUCUUUUUUCUCUCAUUUAAAUUAUAUUAUUUAUUUAUAUUCCAAAUACCGUCCCCUCCUUGUUCCCCCUUCUAGAGUUCUUCACUCCAUACCCCUUCAUCUUUACUUCUGAAGAGAUGUUCCCCCACCCCACUCUGAGUAUUUCCCUUCUCUUGGACUUUAGGACUGUACAGGAUUAGGUGCAUCCUCUCAUAGUGAGGCCAACUGUAGGGAGCUGCGACAUGCCGUGCCUCAAAAUGGUGCUGGUUUCCGCCUUCCACCCUCCCAACAGUGAGCGCUCCUUGUAGUAAACAAGUCCUUAUUUGACUAUGCCUGCCUGGCCUGCUAGGUUCAGCAUAGUGACAGCCUGUCUGCAUGACCCAUGUGGCACGUUGGGGUUGGUUGGUGUUGGAUACAUAAGCUGAUGUAGGGCAUUCCCUGGGGUAGUAGAUGAUUGUAUCAAGGUUCCUGAAUAAACUGCUUGAAGAAGA